ACUGGAAACUGUCCAGCACUGGAAAGAUCUACUUUUGAUAAGAGGAAAUGCCUGCAGGGCAUCUAUGAGGAUCUGAACACCUACAGGGCAGAGCUGAAGAACUUCAAUGAUCAGGAGGUGCUGACAACUAUUGAUGAAAUGAUGAAAGCCCUGGAGCCCCACAGCAGUGGUGAGAGCAUCAUCGUGCCGCAGGCGUCGGCGGGCGCGGGGCUGAGCUCCUUCAGGGAGCGGCUGCGGCUCUGCAGCCUCCUUCACGCCUUCCGCAUCCGCACCGUCACCAUCAGCCGCGUGAUGAGCUACCUCAGCUCUCCCGAGAGCUCCGGCCCUCCUGCCCUCGGGGUAUAA